AUGCCGGCGGCGAGCGCAUUGUUGCUGUUUUCAGCGCUGGCCAUCGUCGAUGCAGAGUUUGUAUAUUACGAUUUUAAUGGAACUACGGGAUUAAUACUAAACGGCAAGGCUGCUACGAGCAGCUGUGCACCGUUCAAGCCUACUGCCUACUCAAAAUUCGCCGGCGCUGCUGAUGCUCGCGAAGCCACAUUGGAAGUCACUCUGACCGAGCAACUUGAAGCGAUUCGCCUUGAGACAAGAGACACGGAGAACCACAUGACAAGUGGGCGGAUCGCAGUAGAGACUGCCAUGUUGGGUCAUCGUGACGCUUUUGAAGCUAGCGAGGAGAAGCUUCGAUGUCCUGUGCGACUGCGUCUCACUGCCUCGCAGCCACAUCAAGUCUCGUCGGUUUGGUAUGCGCAGCCACUCCCAGUUCUCCAAGGAUUCGAGACGAGGUUCACUUUCCAGAUCACUGACCAGUCGAGACGUUGUUUCGAAGUGAAAGAUCAGAACUUUGGCCUCCACGAGUAUCGGAGCUGUGCAGUUCAUGGUGGUGACGGGUUUGCGUUUGUGUUGCACUCACACCAAAACCGUACGGCGACAUUAGCGGCUGGAGGAUCAAAUAUGGGGUUCAAAGGGAUUCAAAACUCACUAGCUAUUGAGUUUGAUACCUGGUUUAACGAUGAAAAAGCUGGAGAAGAUGUCUUCUAUGAUCACGUGGCAAUCUACUCUCGUGGUCAAAACAUUAAUACAGACGCUGAAAGCGCACGAAUCUCUGCAGCUGCUGUGCAUGACUUGGCCGAUGGCAAGGUGCACGUGGUCAAGAUCCGAUAUUAUCCAGAGCUGAAGUAUAACUACGUGCCGUAUUUCUCUGCGACUACAAAUUUAGUCAAGUUCAUAAAGGACGUGUCUGAAGGUCGAAGGGUGGGAACUCUCUUGGUGUUCAUGGAUGAAGGGAUCAAAAACGAUAAACCCAUUUUGGCUAUCCCUAUUAAUCUGGCGGCGACGUUGAGGUUGGAUUCCGAUGAGGCAUUCGUGGGUUUCACGGCAUCAACCAGUAGCUCAUGGCAGAAGCAUGACGUGCUUGGCUGGUACUACUGCACAGAGCCACCUUGUCUGGAUCAGUACGACACCGAGAUGACAUUCGACUUCGACUACAAUGAGCAGUCGAUGCUUUCCACUGCUUCACACAGCAACACUCUUUACCCCAUCUUUAUCUACCCGGACACGGUGUCGUGGGCCAAACGACAGGCCUAUUUUGCUUCCAACCAGAAGGUCGGACUCGUAUCGUGACAUUGUAGCGUGAUUUUCGCAGCGGAAACAAAUCAUUACAUGCACCCAAAAUAUAAAAUAUGG